CGAUCGGCCACCGAUUAAUAUUGGGGCGAUUUCCUCAAGAGACACGAUUGGCGCAUGAAGAUAAAUUCCGGCGUGUGGGUUUGUCAUAGGGUUGCCAACACCCGUAUUUAACUGACCAUUUAAAAGGACCAUGCUUUGUCCGUAUUGCCACGAUAAUCAACACUAUUGUAUAAAACGUGAAUAUUUCAGUUUGACAGCUUGACACAGGCUACGCCAAAUCGACACCAAUGCGUUUGAUCACUCCCUUAUCAAACCUAUUGCUGUUCAACUGCUUUUUUCUGGCUGUCACAGCCAACAACUCGCAAGAAAGCCUCUUGUCUGAUAUCAAACGUUCCUUUUUAAACACUUUUUUUCUUAAAGCAAAUCACCUUUCAACGUUUGGCCCAAUUGACCUGUGACCUGGAGUGGAAAGAAUGUUACUCUGAGCCAAUCAGAUGCAGACUCCUGAUUCUGCUCCCAAAGGAUGACUAGCCAGAUGGUCAAAAAUGAGUGGUGCUAAUACAUGACCAAAGACAUCACACCAGAAGAUGAGGAUUGCAGGAUGACCCAGGGCAGAACCUGUGUAUAGACAUCUUCUAUCACAGUGAAAACAAUAACACAUGGGCUGCCAGGGAGCGGUUGGUGGAACUGCUUGAACAGGGGGCAGCAUUGUACCAGAGAGCAGAUAAUGGAUGAUGAAUUAGGAAUGAUGUUUCCAUGGCAACAUACAAACUAAACUAAAGUUACAGUGAGGAGACAUGUACCCCAGCAACAAGCAGCCUCUACCUCCUAUCAAAAAAUGCCACCAGCAUGAUGCCUGGGACCACCAGCGCAAUUACCAGCUGCACCGCACUAGGGUCAGUUCCGCCAUCCCUGUGGUCAACACUAAGGGAAUGAGCACACCCGCUCAUAUGCAACGCAACCUGAAAAAAUUGCAGCUGCAGGAUGAGCGUCGGGCCACCAUCGAGCGAGACAACCGCCUACUGGCUUCCAGCUUGGCCCGCAUAGAAGACUCUAGGGGUCUGGUGGACCAUAAAAACCAGUACCAGCCCAGAAGUCUGAAUGCUGACAAGCGGCGGGCGGAGCUUCUGUUGGUCAGUCAGCAGAAUCUGAACAUCUACCAGCGAAUCAUAGCGCGUCAGUCCGAGUACCGCCAGCAGCUCUGGAUGGAUGACUGGGCGAAGGUGCAGCAAAGGCGGAACAAUAUAUCCCGUUACCCUCAGGGCCCUAACAGAAGUCAAAGAAGUUGAAGGUUGCAAGUUCAGAAGAAAACAAGAAUGACUCAUCAAGUCAUUUAUGAUGCAACGCUCAUUUAUUCUUUUCACCAAUUAAAUCAACUAGAAAUAUUUCACUUUAUUCUACACUUUUUGACAUAACAAUGACCUACAGGAUUUACAGAAGAAGAAUAAUACAUAUGUGACCUAUGACCCUUAUGCCCACACAACACUAAAAUAUUUUAGCACAUACACAUACUGUAUAUGUGCAGUAAAAUUAUGGAGUGAAUUAGGUAAGCGAGUCAAACAAUGUAGGUAAGAAACAGUACAUGAAGAUGGUGCUUACAAGGUAAAUGAAAGAAUGUUGAGAACCGGUGUCUCUUGAUUUAUUCCUGACUUAUUUAUAUGGUAUUAUUAUCUGUCAUACACUCUUUGUUCUAUAUAUUAACUCUGUUAAGCAUGUCUGAAUAAACUAAACUGUGACAUCACA